CCUCCAACUCUCAGGCUGAAGCUCCCGAGCUCACCCUCCGAUAUGAAGGUCUCUGCAGCACUUCUGUGCCUGCUGCUCACAGCAGCUGCCUUCAGCACCCAGGUGCUGGCUCAGCCAGUUUCCAUCCCAAUCACUUGCUGCUUUACUGUGAUCAGUAGGAAGAUCCCCUUCAAGAAGCUGGACAGCUACACGAGAAUCACCAACAGCUGGUGUCCCCAGGAAGCUGUGAUCUUCAAGACCAAAGCGGACAAGGAGGUCUGUGCUGACCCCAAGCAGAAGUGGGUCCAGAAUUCCAUAAAGUUCCUGGAUCAAAAGUCCCAAGCCCUGAAGGCUUGA